AUGUUGGGCAUGACUGUUGAUUUACUGGAGAGUAGGAAGUCUCUCCAGAGGAAUCUAGACAGACUGGAUCAGUGGGACGAGGUUCAUUCCAUGAGGUUCACCAAAGCCAAGUGCCAGGUCCUGCCCGUGGGUCACAAGAACCCCCAGCAGCACUACAGGAGUGGAGAGGUGUGGCUAGAAAGUGCCCAGAUUAAAAGGCUCAGGGGGAAAACCUUUGAAAUGCUUAUCAGACUGGCCGAGAAUUAUACAAGCGCACUUUUCUGCAAUGCAUAUAGAAGCAUGGCUGCUGAGGCUACUGCACGUGUUCAGGAGUUUUUCACAGAUGUUGGACUCUUCUUAUUUGGCACAGACAUUAGCACAGAGGAAUUUGUCAACAGAUUUUUUGAUACCCUGUUCCCGGUAGUCUACAACCAUGUCAUAAACCCUGGUCUGACUGAUAUUUCGCUGGAAUACGCGGAGUGCCUCCGAACGGUGCAAAGAGACAUCAGGCCCUUUGGUAACAUUUCCAAGAAGGCCGUAGGACAAAUGGGGAGAUCACUGUUACCCAGCCGGACUUUCUUACAGGCUCUGAAUUUGGGAAUUGAAGUGAUCAACACCACCGACCAUCUGCAUUUCUCUAAGGACUGCAGCAGGGCGUUACUGAAGAUGCAGUACUGUCCCCAUUGCCAAGGGCUGACGUUAAGCAAGCCCUGCAUGGGCUACUGCCUCAAUGUCAUCCGAGGCUGCCUAGCUAACAUGGCAGAGGUUGAUCUUCAUUGGCGGGAAUAUAUUUGGUCCCUGGAGGAGCUCUCGAGUGCCAUGAGUGGAACGUACGACAUUGAGCAGGUGCUUCUGAACUUCCAUUCUCUUGUUAAUGACGCUCUCAUACAGGCUCGUGUCAAUGGGCCAGAAUUAUCUGAGCAGGUGAACAAGCUAUGCGGCCCUCCUGUAAGGAAGCCUUCACAGUCUCCUGGUUGCUUCUUUGAUCAGAACAAAGAUAAUCAAGGGUUCAAGAUGUUCCCAAGAGGCAGUGAAGAAACACUUGCCAGCAGAAGAAAAGAAUUUAUCAGCCACCUUCGGCCCUACAAAGCCUUUUACGGUGGCCUGGCUGACCAGUUGUGUGGUAAUGAGUUGGCAGCUGCCAAUGGGCUCCCGUGCUGGAAUGGAGAAGAUGUUGUAAGAAG